AUGUGGGUCCCAGCUGUCCUGUUCCGCCUGCUCCUGGUGCAUCUGAGCUGCUCUCACCUCGUGCACUGGACAUACAAAGAAGGAGAGCUGGAUGAAGAGCACUGGGGAAAGCACUUUGCAGACUGUGCCGGCAAGCACCAAUCUCCAAUUGACAUCCAGAGGAAAAAAGUGAGGUACAACCCCCAGUUACUGCAGCUGGAGCUGAGUGGUUAUGAUGGGCCUUUGCAAGGGGAUUUCACAAUGACCAACAACGGUCACUCCGUUCAGAUUGAUCUGCCACCCACCAUGCACAUUUCCAGAGGGCUCCCAGGCCUCUACACAGCUGUACAGAUGCAUCUGCACUGGGGUGGCCUGGACCUGGAGACCAGCGGCUCCGAACACACCAUAGACGGGAUGAGAUACUUUGCAGAGCUGCACAUUGUCCAUUACAACUCAGCUGACUACUCAAGCUUUGAAGAAGCCAAAGACAAACCAAAUGGAUUGGCUGUGCUUGCCUUCCUGUAUGUGGACGGGCACUUCGAGAAUACCUACUACAGUGAAUUCAUUUCCAAACUGGCAAAAAUCAGGUUUGCAGGUCAAUCAACAAAGCUCAUUUCUCUGGAUGUCCAAGCCAUGCUGCCAGAAAACCUCUCACACUUCUACAGGUACCAGGGCUCACUAACAACCCCACCUUGCUCCGAGAGCGUGAUCUGGACCAUCUUCCAUUCUCCGAUUGUCCUGUCACACACACAGAUCAGCCUCCUGGAGAACACCUUGCUGGACUGGCAAAACAGGACGCUGCGUAAUGACUACCGGCAUGCUCAGCCCCUCAACGGGCGGGUGGUGGAGUCCUCCUUCAGAGCCAAACUCACCCAAGGUAAAGGGAAACAAUGCCAUCCAGAAGAAUUCAACCUCAGACUGGAACAAAUCCAGAUGCAGCUUCAAGACGUGAAGAGAGAGUUGCUGAAUGGAGUGAGCCACAUAGGUAUUAAAUCCAGCACUUUUCCAGCUUUCUACUUCCCUGUGGAAAACAUUGAGAGUUUUGUGAAUGUUCGUCCCCUCCAUGAUAUGUCUCUCCAAGCCUUCACCUUAUGUUUCUGGACAAAAGCCCAGCAUGCUGGCAGUCAGACUGUUCUUUCCUACUCCACGCAGGAGAGGGAUAAUGAGCUAGUGAUGACUGUGGGCACAGAUGUGGGAUUGUGGAUAGGAGGCCAUUUCAUCAGCUUCCCCCUGUACCACAAGGCACAAGAUUGGCUGCACUACUGCAUGGCAUGGGCCUCCCAGUCUGGAAUGGCAAAUUUAUGGCUCAAUGGAGCAGCUGGUAAAGCAAAGAGUAUCCAGAAGGGGUAUGUGAGCCAGGCUGGAGGGAUGCUUGUCCUUGGGAAAGAUAGAGACACUCUUCUUGGGACGUUCUCCAAUGGUUUUGCAGGGUGGAUGACUCAUGUGAACCUGUGGAGCCAAGUUCUCAGUCCUGCAGAUAUUCGGGCACUUGCACUGUGCAAAUCAGGGCAACUGAAGGGAGAUAUCAUAGCAUGGGGAGAAACCUCCAUGACCCUCCUGGGGGGGGUGGUUCUGGAGUCUGACACCAGCUGUCAGUGA